AUGAGUUUGUAUUACUGGCAGCUUGUGUUGAUUUUAGGUCCUGCUCUUGUGUGUGUGACUUGGGCACAGUUACUCGACCCUGCAAUCACAGUAGGCAGCUUAGCCAACACACAGGUUGAAGUCCUGUCCAACGGCUCCGUAGCGAACGUCGGCGUGUCUCUCCUCAACUCCUCCUCCUCCACAAUCAGCAUCUUGCCUGUAGCUGCCGACCCCUCGAGCUUAUCCACGACCCCGUCAUUGUUUGAAGAACUCAACAGCACUGAACCUACGCCUGACAACUAUACAGCCAUUGGAUGCUUUAACUCGACCACAAACGAGACGUAUUAUGAGAACUGUACAAGCGGGGAUAACUCUACGACGACUUCCUCUCCUUCAAGCGGUGGGGGCUCUGGUUCAGGUAGCCCGAGCGGAAGUUCUGGCUCUGGCACUUCCGGUUCCACCUCCAACAAUCCACCAAGUUCGCCUUCCGGGUCAUCUCAGAACACGUCGUCUCAAACUUCGAACACGACGUCUCAAUCUUCGAACCCCACGAGUAUGACUUCAGACACGUCAACUCUAACUUCGAACUCUGGGAACGUGGAUACUACAAGCGUUGCCCCAACAAAAUCAACCACAACAACUACGACUACAACUACAACUACAACCACGACCACAACAGCAACGCCUGCACCUACACCUGCUCCAACAACAUCUACAUUAACACCAUCAACAACCACUCCAACAACUGCUCCGACAUACACGCAAGCUUCCCCAACAAUCACGACAACCCAGCCUCCUACCAAUUUACAACCCACCACCUCCACGACCACCAUUUCUAAACCACCAAACUACAUCUACUUCCCACUAAUCCCGCACACCCAAAAAGACGCAUCCAUCCACCCAAAAUCAACAAUCAAAACCAAUUUGAUCAUAACAGGCUCAGAAAACACCAACACCAUCGUUAGCAUUGUGUACCCUAGCAACCCAGCUAAAAAUGUAAGUGUUAUCCUUGAACCGAAGAAAAAGUAUGUCUACAGCUUCAGUAACACAACUUUCCUAUCGGAAGGUAUUGGAGGCUCCGGGUUUUACAUCAACGCAACAGGAUACAUCCAUAUCAUAAUGUACAGCAAAAUUGAAUACUUUGACGCUUCAGGAGCCGUACAGAUCCAAAGCUUAUCAGCUGCGAGCGUCUACUCCCAAGCCAUGCUGCAGCGAGAGUACCUGCUCGUUACUUAUUCAACAGCUGUAAACAAAACCUUCGCCAGGCUUUACAUCGUCUCAUCCGAGAACAACAAUAUGGUUCAGAUCACAUUCUCCAAGUACGUCACCACGCCACCCAUCGCUUUCAACAUCGACGGUGCCAGACUCGUCUCCCCUGCCGUGGUGAACGUGACCUUGAACUUUACCUGGAGCUACUUCCUGGAGAGCGAGGGCGACCUGACCGGGACGCGCGUGACGUCACAGCACGCCAUCGCUGUCUUUGUGGGCAUGAUGGACGUCAAUGGAAGUCUGGCAUUUGAGCAAAUGCUGCCAGUGAUGAAUACGUCCGCCUUGUGGUCAGUCUGGUCAAACGACACGACUGGUCAGUCGGUGGCUGAGUACAAGGUGGCCACGAACAUGGACACCGUCGAGUUGAAGAUAGGCUCGAACGUAAACAGCAGUUUUCUGGACCACGCAGGGGACGCCAUCCAGUGCUCCCCACCCAACCACACCAUAGUCACCUCCACCAAGCCGACGACUGGAUUCAAGUUUAUCCACACACCCGGCUCGGGGAGAAACGGAUCUAUCGAGUGCCACACUCCCAUCUUACAUCCGGCGCUGUGGCGGUCCCGAUACGUUUGGGGAAUCCCCGACGAUUAUUUUUCUUCGAUGACUGAUCUGUACAUAGCCGUAGUCAUCAAAACUGCUAACUCCGGGGAGUUACUGCUGAAUGACGUACAGUUUCAGCCUCGCACAGUGCAGUACGUGGACAGAACCAAGGAGUAUGUCGUACUCACCCACAGACUCAGCAAUUCAAGUGUGUAUAACCUGACGUCUACCAAUGUGUCCACCAUAUUUGAAGUCCAUCUCUACGGCCAGCAGAAGUCCAGCAUCUUCUGUACCACUGCCGGCAUCAACAACCCGGUCCAAAGUCCAUCGACAUCUAACAGCUUCCCAGUCAGCGGUAAUGUGUUAAAAUACGUCGAUAUUCCUCCCAUUGUGGACAUUUUAACCACGACCACACCAGCGUACCUCACCACAACAGCAAAGAUUAACAACACGACAUCUGCAGCACCCGGCAUGACAACAUCAUCAGCGCCAUCCACCAAAAACAACUCGACAACAUCGUCUUCAAAUACCACCAGCAACGGUACCUCCUCUACCAGCAGCAACAGCAACAGCACCACAACACUACCACCACCAAACACCAGCACCGUUGAUCUGUCUUUGUCCUGUCCGGCGUUUCUCGCCGUUUUACGCCGUAUCAGCAACAUGACCGACGACGAUGUGGAAACCACUAUUGAGGUUAUCCAGAGGACACUGUACGUCAAUCGCAGAAAGACAUCCGCGUUCAUCCAGAAGAAGGUCAGUCUCCAGGACAACCGCCCUUCUGCGGUGGGGAUUGGAGUGAGCGGUAUAGGCGUGAUAGUCACGGUGUUGGCCCUGCUUGUCGGCCCUGAUCUCAUUGAGUUGACGUACUGGGUGUACGCCUAUAUCAAGCAGUAUAUGGCUAAAGGGAAGCUACACGGCGAGAAGAGGAACAUUGAAAGUGGUGAGGUUGGGGGUACUCAGAUCGAUCAAGGGAAAUAA